UUACAUUGUCGCAUUAGUAAGACACGUACUUUUGUAAGGAAUAACGAUUAAUAAAUAAUUAUUAAACAGAAAUAUUUUAACAUUACACAAAUAUCUUUCGAGGAUCAAAAGAAAUCGUAGAAGAUCAAAUCUAAAUUUUUAUAAGAUGCAAAAUAGAUUACGUCCUUUAACAAGAAGAAAUUUUAAUGAAUAUAUUAGCGAAGAAGAGGAAGACGAUGAGGAUAUAUAUCAAAGUACUAGUAGUGGUAUACGUAGACAUAUGUCACAGAGUACUGGUGAAAGACAAGCAAAGAAAAAUGGAACUUCUUCUAAUGCUAGAAUAAGUGGCCGUAAUGCUCUUUCUCAAGGUAGCUCAAGUUUGCACUCUGAAGAGUCUGAUGGAAGAUUAAGAACAGAUUCCAAAAAUAUAAAUUUGCAAGAAGAGAUAGAUUUAGCUGGAAGAGUCAUACGUUAUAUAUUUACUGUGGAAAAGAAAAAACAUGUUAUACAAAAAAUACAUAUUAUUAAAAAUAUUCUUGGAGGAACUACAAAGAACUUUCGUCAAGUAAUAGAAAGAGUUAAGUCUCUUUUAUCCCAGGUAUUUGGAUAUCAAUUGGUAGACAUUGGUAAUGGCAAAUACAUAUUAGUAAAUGAAAUCAAAAACAGCAUACCACAUCUUAAGUUUACAAAAUCUAUAAAAGCUCAACAAGUUCUUUUAUUUAUAAUACUUGCUCAUAUAUUCAUGUACGAAGAUGCAUGUACAGAAGAAACACUGUGGGAUUUUUUACGACACUUGGAAAUAAUAAAGGAAGAUGAUUUUCAGCAUGAUUAUUUUGGAGAUGUCAAAAAAUUAGUUACCAUGGAUUUUGUGGGUCAACAAUACCUUGAAAAAGUGGCCAUAUAUAAAGGAGAUUCACAAAAAUAUGAAUAUAAAUGGGGUCCCCGUGCCGAACACGAAGUAUCUCGUCGUGAUAUCUUAGAAUUUAUGUCACGGGUAUAUGAAGGACGUUCAAUAGAAAGUUGGCCACUACAUUACCAAAUGAUGUUGGCAAAAGAACGAUCUAGUGAAAGCUAAAUUUUAUCAAAAGUUUGCUUUAAAGAAAUUUUUAUAUUUUUAAUAAAUAUCUAAAUAUUAA